ACGUAUUAUGGUAACCCUAUUCACGCGGUGUUCAUAAAGAAUUUUACUAGUUUUGAGUGAAGCUUUUAUAUCGAGAAACUCCAUCUAUAUAAUCUAAGGGACACACUGGUUGAAAAUGUCAAAUUGACAAUCCACAUCGACCUCAGCUGUUUGUCACUUCUGUCAAUGAUCAUCACAAAAAUCUGAAGUAAAAUCAAAACAAUGAACAGUGUUAUUUGUUUAUUGAUAAAAAAAUAAACAUUAUUAUAUAUUUCAUGUAAAUUUAUUACUACAUUCAUUUUUAUAUUUCGUAAACAUGGCGACUAUGGUAAAAGAGAAACGUCGAGAGAAAAAGAAAACCAAGGAAAAACAUACUGUAAGUCAAGAAAUGGAUAUAGAAUCACCACCUGUCGUCACUUCAUCCUUAGAAUUAUAUAACGAAGAUUUAGUGGCUCCAACUGCUCCUAUUGAACAACACACUAUUACGGCUCUGAUUGAAACUUCUAGUACUAACUCUAGUCAAGAACAGGCCAAAGAUGAAACUAUAAUAUCACAUUCUAUUGAACAAGUUACUGAAUCACAUAUUCACAAUGGAGAGUUGAUAAUAGAAAACAGAGCAGAAGUGGUGCAGUCAACACAAUUGCGGGAUCAGCAUCCAGGACAAACAUUUGAAGAUUUAAAUUUGAAAUUGGAGAGAAUGGCUAUACCGGCUCCUACUCAUGUCGUCCCAGAAGAUGAAAAGUCGUUAGUAAUCCAAAAUGAAAAGGGUUCAGUGACUGAUGCAUCUAUAGACAUAUCUACAGAUAGUCAUAGUUUGGAGGAUACAGUAGUUCCUUCUGCACCAAUUUUUGAAAUUGAGGAGCAGACUCAGCCCAAAUAUGAACAAUCUGAAUUAGUGCAAGAGGUGGCAUCUGCACCAAUUGAGAAUAAAAUUGAGUGUAUGCCAUUGGAGCAGGCCAUUUGGAUGUAUGGUGGGGAAGAGAUAGCUGGAGUUAGGGCAUUAAGUGAGAGGGAGGAUGCAGCAGUGGAGACAGGUCCAGUCAGUGGACCUGAACAUCCAUUGGUGGAUCUAUUGUCGACCUUACGGCAAUCUUACACAGCCUUAGAACGUGACCGCACACAAUUAUUUAAUGGAUUCGCAGAAGAAGAAAAGUACCGAUCUGCUCUUUGGAAAGUUGAAAAGAAAACUUUGCAUUUGUCAGAACUGUGUAAGUGUGGGGCCACUGUAGAUUUCUGGGGCUCAUAUGAACACGCCCAGCUGCUGAAGGAGAGGAUUCCUGCUGCUCGGAUGCGGUUGACGGCUCUCUUAAGGGAUGUCCAAGAAUCUUACUGCCACCAUCAGCAUUCUACUCUUUUAGCGUUUUGUCAGAUAGAAGAUUUUUUAUCUGGAGUCAUUAAAACGAACAAAAAUGAAAUACGUGAAUCUCUUACGUUGAUACUACAAGCAUUGAAAUUGAGCGAUAACGCUCCUCCGGCGCUGUCGAAAGUGCUCCAGCGGUGGGCAACUGCGCUCUCUGUGGCGUUAGUAGACGGCCGAGACUUGAGGCAGUUACUGUUUCUCAUACAUCACUUAUUCAGGCAGACGCGGUCGGUGCGGUGGGCGGCGGCGGCGGUGGCGGCGGGCGCGGCGGGCGCGGGCGGCCCGGCGCUGCUGGCGCUGCUCGAGCUGCUGCUCACGCGCCCGCCCGCGCUCGAACGCGCCGCCGAGUGUACCGAGGAGGCGGAGUGCGCAGAGGGUUGGGAGGAGGUGGGGCGCGGCGGCGGCGGCGGCGCCGUGAGCGACGGCGCGCUGCGCGAGCGCGACCUGCUGGCGCUGCUGCGUGCCGUGCCUCUCCGCCGCCUCCUCGCCACCAUCAUGCUGCUGCCGCGCGCCGAGGUGAGCGCGGCACGCGCGGAAGAGUGGCGUGCUGACGAGGGCAGGAGUAUGGUGCGGGCGGCGCGGGGCGUGCGCGUGCUGCUGGCCGCGCUGCAGCGGGCGCGCGCCGCCCACCCGCACUACGCGCGCCUGCACCGCGCGCUGCGGGCGCUCGCGGCACGGACGCUGCGCGCGCUCGCCGCCCUGCACCUGCACCUGCACCUGCACGCCAGGUCAGUAACGCAUGCUGGCCGCGCUGCAGCGGGCGCGCGCCGCCCACCCGCACUACGCGCGCCUGCACCGCGCGCUGCGGGCGCUCGCGGCACGGACGCUGCGCGCGCUCGCCGCCCUGCACCUGCACCUGCACCUGCACCUGCACCUGCACCUGCACGCCAGCGGGCGCGCGCCGCCCACCCGCACUACGCGCGCCUGCACCGCGCGCUGCGGGCGCUCGCGGCACGGACGCUGCGCGCGCUCGCCGCCCUGCACCUGCACCUGCACCUGCACGCCAGGUCAGUAACGCAUGCUGGCCGCGCUGCAGCGGGCGCGCGCCGCCCACCCGCACUACGCGCGCCUGCACCGCGCGCUGCGGGCGCUCGCGGCACGGACGCUGCGCGCGCUCGCCGCCCUGCACCUGCACCUGCACGCCAGGUCAGUAACGCAUGCUGGGCCGCGCUGCAGCGGCCGCGCGCCGCCCACCCGCACUACGCGCGCCUGCACCGCGCGCUGCGGGCGCUCGCGGCACGGACGCUGCGCGCGCUCCGGGCGCGCGCCGCCCACCCGCACUACGCGCGCCUGCACCGCGCGCUGCGGGCGCGCGGCACGGACGCUGCGCGCGCUCGCCGCCCUGCACCUGCGCGCGCCAGGUCAGUAACGCAUGCGCGCGCUGCGGGCGCGCGCCGCCCACCCGCACUACGCGCGCCUGCGCGCGCGCUGCGGGCGCUCGCGGCACGGACGCUGCGCGCGCUCGCCGCCCUGCACCUGCACCUGCACCUGCACGCCAGGUCAGUAACGCAUGCUGGCCGCGCUGCAGCGGGCGCGCGCCGCCCACCCGCACUACGCGCGCCUGCACCGCGCGCUGCGGGCGCUCGCGGCACGGACGCUGCGCGCGCUCGCCGCCCUGCACCUGCACCUGCACGCCAGGUCAGUAACGCAUGCUGGCCGCGCUGCAGCGGGCGCGCGCCGCCCACCCGCACUACGCGCGCCUGCACCGCGCGCUGCGGGCGCUCGCGGCACGGACGCUGCGCGCGCUCGCCGCCCUGCACCUGCACCUGCACCUGCACCUGCACCUGCACGCCAGGUCAGUCAUCAUACAAGCGGGCGAUCCGCGAGGAGUUAACGGCGGAGCUGGAGGCGUGCUACAUGGCGGGCGUGGAGCUGUUCGGCACCAGCCAGCUGCAGCGGCUGCCGGCCACGCUGCUCGCAGACACCAGCGCCUCCGACUACUGCUACACGCUCAUCAUAGGAUUGCACGACAAAGAACAGAAGCCGCUGGAGGCACUGCCGCUAACAGUGCCGUUGCUGUCGUGCAAGCAGCGCGUGGAGGUAGUGGCGCAGGCGACCAUCGACCGCCGCCACGACCACCAGCUCGCCAGGGUUGUGGUCGAGUUCCUACUGCAGGUUUCUGUUGGACAAUUUCCACCUUUUUGCAGCAUGCUACCAAAUGCUACAAUAAACGCGGCCGUGAAGCGGAAACAAGCGGUGUGCGGCAGCGCGGGCGGCUGCGAGCGGGCGGCGCGGGCGUGGCUGCCGCGGGUGCUGCGCGCGCACCCCUACCUCUACACCGUCGCCCUGCACCUGCUCGCCGACAUACACCAGCAAUCUCCGGUGGAGGCGGGGUGCGUGCAGUACUUGCACGUGGAGGCGUGGCGGCCGACAUACGGGGACGCCCGGGCCGUGCUCGACGACUGGGCGCGCCGCUGCCCGCCGCUGCUGGCGCCGCUGCUGCUGGGCCUCGACUACACGCCACACAGCGGGGUGUCCCUGGACGUGCAGCUGACGAUCGGGUCGUGGGUGUGCUGGUGCUGGGCGGCGCCGGGUGCGGAGGGCGCGUGGCGCGUGGUGCGGCGGCUGCGGCCGCACCGCGCGCUGUGGGCGCUGCCGCUGGCCGCGCCCGAGCCCGAGCCCGAGCCGGCGCCCGGCGACCUCUUGGCCACCGCCUACGCCCUGCUCUCCAGCUCGUGGGGACACUCCAUACCGCUGAUCUGCUCGCGCGGCGCGGCGGCGCUGCGGGCGCUGGUGGCGGGCGGGCGGGCGGCGGACGCGGUGCACUGCCUGGCCGCGCUGCUGCUCGCGCUAUCGCACUCGCCCGAGUCCAUCAAGCACGCGCACACGUUCACGGAUGUGUUCACCACACUACUGAACUCCGGCCCGACGCUAAUGCUGCGUGCGCUGGGACUAGGUGGCGCCAGUGGCUUCCAGCUCCUCAUGCGACUGAUGUUGGCGCAACUCGAAGAGCCACAAUGCGGCUCGUUCCCGCGGGGCGCGCUGCUGCAGUGCUGGCUGCAGGCGGCGUGGCGGCCGCGGCUGGCGGCGGCCGGCGGCCCGCUCGUCGACGCCGCGCUGCUCGCCGCCCGCGACUGGCCGCGCGCGCACGCGCACGCCGCCGCCCUGCUGCAGGAGUGUACGCGGGAGCAGCUGGGCGCAUGGUACCGCACGGCGUCGGUGGCGCCGCUGGCGUGCGAGUGCUUGCUGCGAGCCGCGCAGGCGCAGGAGCAGCGCACGCUGCUGCCGCGGCUGCUGGACGCGCUGCACGCCCAGCGGGCCGCCGGCCUCAAGGCACACGUGGACAACGCACUGCAGCAAAUCGGCGCGAACGUACCAUCGGAUGAACUAGUGGUGUACCGCGCGGGCUCAUGCGCGCUGGCGGCGUCGCUGCAGCACCCGGCGCACCUCAUGCUGUGGGGACUCUUCAUGCACGUCUACUUGCAGCGCCCGCCCUGCAGCCAGCACGAAUCCACGUCACCAAUAGGGCCGUUGUUCUUCAACGGAAUAGUGAAGUCUCGAAUGCUCACAAACAUUAAAAAACGACUACAAGAGACUAUAACAUACCAUCAGAAUGAAGUGAAAUCACUCAGCAGUACGUGCACUACUCCGAAUAGCGAGACUGAAGGUAAACAACUAUGUUCGAAUGAAACGAAACGAGUCAAGACAAGUAGUGCAAUCGAUAGUGACCUGCCUCCCGGUUUAACGAUCACCGAUUUCACGGAGGAAGCAGACAGCGAUACGAGCGACACUGAGAGCGAGGAUGACCUUGAAGAUGAGGAGGAGGAGAGGACGGGAGAUGAGGAAGUGCAAAAUGCAACCAGUCCAGAUGUUGACGAGGACAGGACCGAUCUGCUGAAUUACCAUGUCUGUGCUGAGAAGCUGCUCCGCGACUACUCGCGGUGGUUGGACGAGGGGUUGCAUACGAGCGGUACGCCGCAACGCACCGACCUCUCGCGCUACAUACCACAACAGGCUUUGUCAGCAGCAUGGCAGUCGUGCUUGUCCCGCGUGCGAGCGACGGCAGUGGUCGCGGGGGCUGACCCGCUGCCGCUGCCCCCGCGGCCCCCGCGGCCCCCGCGACCCCCGCGCGCUGGUGAACAAGCUUCGCACUCGCCAGAGCCCACCGCCUUCGAGACAGCCGUCGCCACCAUCCUCGAGAUAAAAGAAUUUUCCGACAAAAGCAGAUCAAGGGUGCCAACACUGAAAUCGCCAGUGGGCGACUUGUCGUACACAGACGCGCGCUCGCUGCUCGCGCACAUGGACAAGUGCAUCAAUGACAUCGAGCAGUUCGCACGCGAGUGGUCGAGCUCGGUGUCGCGCGUGGCGUCGCUGGACGCGCGCCUGCUGGAGCUGGUGCGCCAGCUGCGCGUGCCGCGCGCGCUGCCGCCGCAGAGGAAGGCCUGCCCGCACCGCUGCCAGCCGCUCGUGCUCGUCCCCGACGUUCAAGAAUGGUGUAGAUCAACUGGAGCCGAAAAUAGUAUCAGAGAGAACAGAGCGAGUGCACGGGCAGCGGUGCGGCGGCUGAUGCGACCGUCGCGAGUCGCCGUUCAGGCGGCUGUCGCGCUUCUAGCGCUCGCCAGGGCUGUGCGCAGCGCGGAGACGGCGCGGCGCGCGGUGGAGAGGGCGGGCGGCGCGGGCGGCGCGGGCGGCGCGGGCGCGGUGCACGCGUGCGCGCCGGCGCGCGACGCGCUGCUCGCGCACGUGCAGCUGCUCGCGCAGAAGUGGGUGUGCGGCGACGGCGCGGCAGUAGCGGCACUAGUGAGUCGGUGGGCCGGCGGCGGCGCGCUGCAGAGGUCGCUGGUGGGCGCGGUGCUGGAGCCGCGCCGCCUGCCGGCCGCCGCCUGGCCGCGCGUGUACGCCGCCCUGCUGAGCGCCGCGCUGCCCGACCACGUCGCCUUCAGCUACCUCUCCAAGUUCGAAAUGAGUCGCUGGAGCGCUGCAGCACCGGCAGAGGCACGACGUAGCGUGUUAGAGGCGCUAAUGACCGCCGUCACACGCUGGGGCGCCACUGUCGACCAGAACCAUCAUAUGCUGCUGGAGCUACUGGGCAUGCACUGCAGCGCGGUGGUGACCGCGGAGGAGGUGUGCUGGUACGUGGCGCGAGUGUCGCGAGCGGGCGCGAGCGGCCGCCUGCCGCCCGCGCACUACACGCACCUCGCCCGCGCCGUCUCCACACUCGCCGCCGCGCUCUCCGCCGACCAGCUGGGUAAUUUGCUACGCGAGCUGGGCGCCAUCUGGUGGGAGGUACGCAGUGGCCGUAAUGGUGACGGGGCGCUGCAGUCGGCGGAGCAGCAGGCGUGCGGCGUGGCGGCCUUGCUGCGCGAGAUACUCCGCGCGUUCGUGACGGCUGCGCGGGCGCUUAGCUACACGCCAGAGAGAGUGAGCAGAUACGUGUGGUCGGGCGCGCAGGAGGCGUGGUCGCCGUGGGUGCAGCCGGCGCCUGCCGUGGCGUGGCUGCUGCCUGCACGCGCGGACGCGGCCGCCGACCACUACGGCGACAUGCUCGCGCGCUUCGUGGCCACACUGCGGCUGCUCUGUGAUGACUUCCCCGAUAUGGAAGAGCACCUUCUGGGCCAAGUUUGGGAGUGGACGAUACAGAUCUACAUGUCGGUGCAUAGCGCUCAGGGUGCGCAGGAGUGCCGGCUGCAGAUGUCCGCACUGCUGUCCGCGCUUUCACGUCUGCAUUGGAAACGCCACCAGUGGUUCAGAGGGCAGCACUUGCACGCUGCACUGCAGAUCUGCCGCAGCGCUGACAGGGAGGUGACGGCGUGGUGCAGCGCGACGUUGAGCGGCACGCGGGCGGACACUUGGGUGCGUGACGUCACGGCCGGGGGCGACGACCUCGCGCACAGGCUCGCCGCGCUGCUCUCGCUCUUCACUGCUGCCACCAUGCCGUACUCCGCACAGCAACUGGAGGCGGCGUGCCAGCUGCCGUGGUGGUACCUACCGGAAGCGACGCUGGAGGAAGCCCUCGACAACUACUUCAUAGAGCAUUACGACCCCAUGCUGCCGUAUCACGACGCGCCGCAGUUCAGUGUGGUGGUGAGUGCGUGCGCGUGCGGCGUGCGUGCGGCGGGCGCGUGGGCCGAGCGUGGCCUGCAAGCGGCUGCAGCCAAGCGCCGCGCGCGCUUCGUGUCGCGGUGGCAGUCGGCCGCCGCCGCGCACCAGUUGCUGCAGCACGCGCCCGCGCACUGCGACACCAUGCUCGCAUUGCUACACGACCUCGCACCAUAUAUAGAGGAGUCGAGCGGUGAACUGGAGGAGCUGUUCAGUCGAGCGGUAGUUAUCAUGUGCGUGGAGCCGGCCGCCGCCGCCGCGCUGCCGGUGUGGACGCGCUGGGUGCAGGACGGCCGCGUGCACGCACGUGCGGUGCGCGCGUGCGUGCACGCGGCGGGCACGCUGACGGCGCCGCACUACUGCGCCGCGCUCGCCGACGCCGCUGCGCGCGCGCUGCUCGUACGGACCGAGUGCGACGGGUGGGCAGAAGUGGAGGCGCGGUGGACGGCGUGCACGUGGGUGUCGGCGGCGGCGGCGGCGGCGGCCGCGCGCCUGCACGCCGCCUACGGGCUCGUGCACGCGCGCCCGCACGACCACCGCGAGCGCGCCUCUAUCUUCCUCGCCCUGCUCGCGCUCGACAUCGAUUUCCUGGAAAACGAAGUGAUAAUAGCUCUAUGGAUAUGUUACGCGUGCCGCGUGGUGUGGCAGAGCGCGGACGAGGCCGCUGUGGAGGCGGCCGCCGGCGAGGAGGUGGGGACGGAGGUGGGCGUGGAGGGGGAGGAGUGGUGCGGCGCGGCGCGUACGCUGCUGGCGCGCUGGGCGGAGCCGCCGCGGCGGACGCUGCUGCGGCUCGUCACGCUGCAGUCCAGCACCGACUGCCCCACCGCCGAACACCGGGCGCUGUGCCUGCUGGCGCAGUGCAUCGUGUCGCCGAGCGAGGCGGCGGCGCGCGCGUACGACGCGGCGCUGGCCGCGCUGCCGGCGGGCCGCGCGGCGGCGGCCGCGGGGGGCGGCCCGGCACGCCGCUCGCAGCUGCCGCACGUGGCCGCGCUGCUGUACCCGCGCUCGCGGCACUACUUCGACCUCGAGCUGCACCUCGCCACCGACCGCUGA